AUGAAAGCUUUCUGUGAAGUUUUAGAGCAACUAUACAAGAAGGUGCUUCUUGGAGCAUCACUUGAAAUUGACAGACAUGAGUACAUCUUUUAUCUCAACCCAGUAUUUCCAGAUCAAGGUUUCUCUACAGCGACCUCCCUAGAGUGGUUAAACACCCAGGGUGACUGGGGUACUCAUCAGCCAUGCUCUGUCAAUUUGGCUGCCAUUUCUGUAGGUCCAGUGUGUUUGAAGAGACCCACUUGGAUGAGCAGUGCCCGAGAAAUAACACUGCUUCAGUUAACGGUCAUCAAAAUGAUGAUAACCAGAAUAUUGUCUAUUGAAACUGAAUUCCAUACAAAGGAGAAAUACAGAGUUAUGAUUAAAAAUCUUUUAAAAUCAUCUGAAGUGGAUUCUAAAUUAAUACAUAUGUUCCAAAAUUCAGAUAAAUUGUUAUCUCACAUGGCCGCAGAGUGUCUUGCAUUGCUUCUGUAUUUCCAACUAAGAGAAAAGAUAACAUUAAGCAAUUCUUGGAUUACUUUUUGCCAGAAAAAUCUUUCUGAAUUCUCUGAGAGUGAUAAGGUUGUAUACUGCCUUUGCACUCUUACAGUUGUAAUAAAAGAAAUCUUUAAAGAUACAUGUUCACAAAAAACAGAAAUUCUAAAGGACUUCCUGACUCCUUUUGAUACUACUUUUGAAGUAUUUUACAAUUCCUUAUUUUCUCAGUGUUUUGGAAACUGCCAAGAAACUUCAAAAAUAAUAAACAGCUUGAUGAAUUUCCUGGAGUUGCUUGAACUUCUUGUAGCCUCCCGAAUUUACCUGAAGUUACAUUUCACUUGCCAGAGGAUUUUCUUUUUGAAACCUUCUUGUGUACUAGAUGUUCUUACAUGGCCUGCUCCAGCUUUCAUCAAAAGGAAAUUCAUCAUAUUCAUUAAAAAGUGCUUUCUCUGUAAAGUAGGUGAAGACCUCUUUCAUGGAUGUGUUCCUGUCUUAAUGCCACCAGAUGAUCUUUUAGAUAUAGACAUGUUGGCUGUAGCGAAUGCUGUUUUACAAGCUGUGGGUGUAGGAUGGUUGAAGACAUUGUCUGUUAAUGGAAAAUCUUUCUACUUUGGAGGCGAUGAUGUUCAGCCUGGAUAUGAAAGUAAUUCUGGUCCGGAUCAUGUGAUCCUUAGAGCAGCAACCUUAGUUUUAAUUAAAUCCUUAGAAAUCAAAUUUCAAAAUUGUACUUCACCAAAUGAAAUGCAAGGUGAUUUACAGAGAUUCAUGUCUGAGUUACUGACCUUCUUAAAGCCUCAUCUCCAACCCUUUCUGCAAUUACAUAGUCCAUGUGAGUGGCUGUCUAGGGUGUUCAUAGAACAGGAUGAUGACAUGCUAGAAGCUGCCAAAGCAUCACUGGGCAUCUACUUAAAGUUGACCAGAGAAUGUUGUGAAGCUACCGAAAGCUCAGCCCAAGGAAAAGAACUAUGGAAUUGUCGCAUACAUGAAAAUGGCUUUAAUCCUCACUGUGUUUUCUUAUUUUUCUUAAAAAAUAUAGGAUUUGAUUCUACAGUUCUUCUUGAUUUUUUGAUUUCAUCAGAAACCUGUUUUCUUGAAUAUUUUGUUAGGUAUUUAAAAUUAUUCCAAAAAGACUGGUAUAAUUUUUUUACUGUUUGCAAAUCCUUUGAUGCAGCUGAAUCAAAAGAUGCUGUAAAUAUUUGUGGUUUUAUCCCCUCACCUGUACAAGACAGAAGCACCAACAAACCAGAACCUCAUUAUUGGACUUGUCUUGAUAGUCAGAUAGAUAUUUGUACUUCGGCCUCCUUGACUGCUGCUGAUUCUCCUGAACCGCUCAAGAGGGAGUGUGACCACCAGGCUGUUAUGUCCAAGAAGACCCAUUCCAAGUUUCAGGCUGCUACUCUGUCUUCCUCCCGAGCUUCUCAAAGUUUGGUAGAUUAUGACAGCUCUGAUGAUUCUGAGGUGGAAUCCACAGACCAUUGCUUAGCAAAUAUUAAGAAGACAUCUUUACACCAAGAAGCAAUUAGGAUUCAGGACACAUCUGAAACAAGUAGGGAUAAAAAAGAGAUGACCCUAGAGGCUCAAUCAAAGGCUCUGGUUGCAGAAGAAUCUAAUUCUUCCUUCUCCGUUGAUUGCAAAGAAGCCUUAAACAGCAUUGUCUCUGAAGUUGGGAUAUCUUACAGAACAGUUAAAUGCUUUGAAGAGUUACAGGAUGCCAUAGACCGUUUGCAAAAAAAAGAUCUUUUCCCAUAUAAUCCAACAGCACUUUUGAAGUUGCUAAAACAUAUUGAAGCAAUAUAUAAGUGUAUGAGCCAUUUGUAA